AUGUUUAAAAACACAUUUUAAUCAGGUUUUUUAUCAAUUUUAUAUUCAAUAGGAUCAAAGCCAUUAUAAAUAUGGGACAAAAGCAUACGAAAUGGACAUAUAAAAAGAAUUACAGACUAAGAUAUUCUCUCAAGUGUUUUAGAAAUAAUGGGAACAAAUGUUUCGACUAACUUUAUAACUGCUCCUGCUGAUCCAAAGGAGACUUUAGGAAUAAAAUUACCAUUUUUAGUUAUGAUUAUAAAAAAUUUAAAAAAAUAUUUCACUUUUGAAGUAUAAGUUUUAGAUGAUAAAAAUGUCCGAAGAAGAUUUAGAGCAUCAAAUUAUUAAUCAACUACUAGAGUUAAACCUUUCAUAUGCACUAUGCCUAUGAGAUUGGAUGAAGGAUGGAAUUAAAUAUAAUUUAAUUUAUCUGAUUUUACUAGAAGGGCUUACGCAACUAAUUAUAUUGAAACUUUAAGAGUAUAAAUUCAUGCUAAUUGUAGAAUUAGAAGAAUAUAUUUCUCAGAUAGACUUUAUUCAGAAGAAGAAUUACCCCCAGAGUUUAAAUUGUUCUUACCUAUAUAAGUAAUUUAUAUAUUUUAUUAAAUAUUUUAAUAUGUUAUAUUUUUUUAGGGAUAAAAUAAAAAUAACUCUUGA